ACCGCUCUGCUCUUCAAUCAGUCAAUCGAUCAUCAAUCAAUCAAUCGUAUUUAUUGAUUGCCCCAGCCCGCCGGAGCCGGACGGACGGACGGACAGUCGCACGCUGCCUGCGGGUCCCGGAGAGGCGAGCGGCGGCGGCGGCGGUGUCUGAACCUAACUCGUCAGUCAGUGACUGAGCACCUUGGACUCCGCCUGGCCCUCGGGAGAAAUGUCUGGCUCCUAUGAUGACGCCGUGGGCGUGGAAGUUUCCAGCGAUAGCUUUUGGGAGGUUGGGAACUACAAGCGGACUGUCAAGAGAAUCGAUGAUGGCCACCGGCUGUGCAACGACCUCAUGAACUGCUUGCACGAGCGGGCGAGGAUCGAGAAGGCCUACGCCCAGCAACUCACCGAAUGGGCCAAGCGCUGGAGGCAGCUGGUGGAGAAAGGGCCUCAGUACGGGUCAGUGGAGAAGGCAUGGAAUGCUGUGAUGGUGGAGGCUGAAAAAGUGAGUGAACUCCAUCUCGAGGUGAAAGGAUCCUUGAUGGGCGAGGAUUUUGAGAAGAUCAAGAACUGGCAGAAGGAGGUGUUCCACAAGCAGAUGAUGGGAGGCUUCAAAGAAACCAAAGAGGCUGAGGAUGGGUUCAGAAAGGCCCAAAAGCCCUGGGCCAAGAAGCUGAAGGAGGUGGAGGCUGCGAAGAAAGCCUACCAUGGCGCUUGCAAAGAGGAGAAGUUGGCGAUUUCAAGGGAAACGAAUAGCAAGGCAGACCCUUCCCUCAAUCCCGAGCAACUGAAAAAGCUACAGGACAAAGUGGAAAAGUGCAAACAGGAUGUUUUGAAGACCAAAGAAAAGUAUGAGAAAUCCCUGAAAGAGCUUGACCAAGGCACCCCGCAGUACAUGGAAAACAUGGAGCAGAUGUUUGAACAAUGCCAGCAGUUUGAGGAGAAGCGCUUACGUUUUUUCCGGGAAGUGUUGCUGGAAGUUCAAAAACAUCUAGACCUAUCCAAUGCUGUCAGCUACAAAGCCAUCUAUCGUGACAUGGAACAGAGCAUCAAAGCAGCUGACGCAGUGGAAGAUCUGCGAUGGUUCCGAGCUAAUCAUGGCCCGGGAAUGUCGAUGAACUGGCCGCAGUUUGAGGAUGAAGAGUGGUCAGCUGAUUUGAACCGCACCCUGAGCCGGAGAGAGAAGAAGAAGGCUGCGGACGGUGUGACCCUGACAGGCAUCAGCCAGACUGGAGACCAGGUGCCGCCCAACAAGCACGGCAGCCAUCUUAGCGUCCCGGGUAAUCCAGCCCAGUCAGGCCCACCGAGUUACAACCCCUUUGAAGAGGAGGACGACACGGGAAGUACUGUCAGUGAGAAGGAGGACAAUAAACCCAAAAACGUUAGCAGCUACGAGAAAACCCAGAGCUACCCCACGGAGUGGUCAGAUGAUGAGACCAACAACCCCUUCUCCUCCACGGACGCCAACGGGGACUCCAACCCGUUCGACGAGGACUCUGCCCCGGCGACCGAGCUGCGGGUCCGGGCCCUCUACGAUUAUGAAGGCCAAGAGCAUGAUGAGCUGAGUUUCAAGGCCGGGGACGAGCUGACCAAAAUAGAGGAUGAGGAUGAGCAAGGGUGGUGCAAAGGACGCUUGGACGGCGGACAAGUCGGCCUGUACCCGGCGAACUACGUUGAAGCGAUCCAGUGACUGGGCACGGGCCCCGGGGGGUGGGGGUGCCAGCUCGUUGCCGCUGGAGCAGUCGGGCUCGUUCCUGGGAGGAGGAGGAAUGUUGUUGCUCUCACAGGGGGCGAGUGACGGGUUCUGAUAGGGCUGGCAGCUGGGCCGGUGGGACACAGCACAGCACCCGGACAUCCCACCCCCACCCCCACCCCCGCGUGGCUUUGAAUUGUCAGUUUGUGUUGAGUCUCUGCUUCCCUUCCCAAGCCCCCCACACCCCUCCCGGUGGCCCUCACUGGGGUCCUUUCAGCCAACUGACAACGUGAAUCUGUAGAGAGCCGUGUAAGCAUCUGGGCUGUUAGGGGUGUCUGUGCCUGCUUUUAUUUAAAGGCUGUGGACGGUUACACUUUUUUAUGCUUGUUCUUCCUUUCCCCGGCACUUAAAUUAUGACCCCGAUUCCUGUCCACAGUCGCCGACGAAUGAGAAUCCUCCCGGCCCUGGCUGUGCUGGGAGUGGCCAGGGUGCCCGUUGCUGAUGGGUGUAGCGGGAAACCCGGCAGAGAUUAGCUUGGAGUUAGGCAGAUGCCAUUUAGUUAUUUUGGGCGUUUAAAUGUGAGCUUCCAGAGUAAUCUUGAGUAGCACUCAGAAAAGUCAGGUGAUUUUCAACCAUUUCCUCCCUAUCCUUGCUUCAAACUUCACCCCUCUGCAAGCUUAUUCACAACUUUAUCUGUGAUUUGGAAGGUAAAUGGGGAGUGAAUUCUAACUCUCCAAGUGACUGUAAAAUAGACUAAGAUGCUUUUUAUUAGACAUUUUGUUAUGUUUCUGUGAAUGUGUGUGUGUGUGCGCGCGUGCGUGUGUGUGUGUGUGUGCAUAAUUUGAUAUUCAGAAGCCUAAAGAGCAUGUCUACUGUCAUUUAAGUUAAAAGCCUUUGACCAUGGGUUCGAUUUAAAGACUGCUUCAAGUCUGUUCGAUUGAGGCACAUUUGGUCUCCGCGAGAUCUGCUAUCGCAGAAUGGAGAAUAGUCUCUAACAGUGCAAUGAGGUGAGGGCUUUUACCCUCUGGCAGCUGUGGAUCCAACUUUAGAUUAGCAUCCGUCCCUUUGUGGAUGUCCCAGCCCCGUGCUGCAAACGCUUCUCCGUCUAGUUGGCAGUUGCUAAUUACAGUCGUAUUUAAAUAUCGUGAAAAGUCAAACGUUUACGAUCAGCUUAAAAACUGAGUCUUAUCCCUGGCUCGAGAGUCUAUCGUAGGGGGGGAAAAGAGCAUUGAAAUCAUUACCAGGUGAGUAGAUUUACUUCAUCAGCAUGCUACACUGAUCACGGUGGGAGAAGAACCUUUAUUCGAUGUCGGAAAAAUCUCGCAGCUCGGCCGUUGGCUGAGGGAGCCCUCAGGAUAUGUAUUUCCCUCCGUUUCCGGGGAGCCUGGCAUGUUGCCAGUGGAGCGGACGUUGGCACCGGACUGUCCGGGAAACUUCAGAUUUACCAAAAAUUGUCCCAACUUUUCUGUGUGGGGGCCUCUCCGUGGAUUGUAUAGUAUUUUAGAAAACUAAUAAACGGUUGAUCUUGCCAACGUGCGCAUGCACGAGAACGAGAGA